UACUUACACUACAUCCUUCUCCUUCCUCGAAUGGCACCAGCAUAUCUUCUCCCUCUCCACGCCCCAUUGCCUCCUCCUCCUCUCUCUCGCCUCUCCCCCUUCACCCCCUCUCCUCCUCCUCCUCCUCCUCCUCCUCUUCUACGCCAUUACCGAAGAGGAAGCCCUUCCCCCUCUAUCCUGCUCCCUCCGCUCCUUCUCCGUUCCCCCUUCCCCCGCCCUCUCUCGCGCUCCGCCGCUCUCCGACGCGGCGAAAUCGACGAGGUCGACGACGAUGACGGCGACGAGGAGGAGGAAGACAUGGCUCAGCUCGACGUCGAAUCCAUGGAGGAAGAGGCGAUGGAUGUCGCCAGGGACUACUCCCUCUCCCUCUCCCGCGAAUUGCGCUUCGAGGAUGAUAUCGAUGAGAAAAAGACAAGUGUGUUGAAGAAAAAAUCGCGGAGGAGUUCCGCUAAACAUAUCCCUGACCAUCUUCUACCAAGGGUAACAAUUGUUGGACGACCAAAUGUUGGCAAAUCAGCAUUAUUUAAUCGUCUUGUUGGGGGUAAUAGGGCUAUAGUUGUUGAUGAGCCUGGUGUAACUAGAGAUCGCUUGUAUGGUAGAUCCUUUUGGGGUGAUCAAGAAUUUAUGGUUGUAGAUACUGGGGGAGUUAUGACUUUCUCAAAAUCACAAGCGGAUGUUAUGGAAGAACUUGCUAUUACAACUACUAUCGGCAUGGAUGGAAUCCCUCUUGCUUCCAGAGAGGCAGCUGUUGCUCGGAUGCCCUCAAUGAUUGAGAGACAAGCUACUGCUGCUAUUGAAGAAGCAUCCGUCAUUAUAUUCCUUGUGGAUGGCCAGGCUGGCCCGGUGGCAGCUGAUGUGGAAAUUGCUGACUGGUUACGGAAGAACUACUCGCAUAAGAGUAUCAUUCUUGCAGUGAACAAGUGUGAAUCUCCACGCAAAGGGUUAAUGCAAGCAUCGGAGUUUUGGUCAUUAGGGUUUUCCCCAUUGCCAAUAUCUGCUGUUUCUGGCAGUGGAACUGGAGAGCUCCUUAAUCUCGUAUGCUCAGAGCUGAAAAAUAUUGAGGGCAUGGAUAAUGACGAGGAAGAAGAAAGCUAUGUUCCUUCUAUUUCCAUUGUUGGAAGACCAAAUGUUGGCAAAAGUAGCAUUUUGAAUGCAUUAGUUGGAGAGGACAGAACUAUUGUCAGCCCUGUUAGCGGAACCACUCGCGAUGCCAUUGACACUGAAUUUACAGGACAAGAUGGUCAGAAAUACAGGCUAAUUGACACUGCUGGUAUUCGGCGGAGGGCUGCUGUAGCUUCCGCUGGUAGCACAACUGAGGCCCUAUCAGUAAAUCGAGCAUUUCGUGCCAUUCGACGCUCUGAUGUGGUGGCUCUUGUCAUUGAAGCUCUGGCAUGCAUCACUGAGCAGGAUUGUAGAAUUGCUGAAAGAAUUGAGAGAGAAGGAAAGGGGUGUGUCAUUGUUGUAAAUAAAUGGGAUACUAUACCAAACAAAAAACAGCAGACUACAACGUACUAUGAGCAAGAUGUGAGAGAGAAGCUACGCAUACUUGAUUGGGCGCCAAUUGUUUACACUUCUGCAACAAAUAGGCAUAGUGUUGAAAAGAUUAUCGCCGCUGCUAGUAUUGUUGAGAAAGAGAGGUCUAGAAGGCUUGGUACAUCCAUUCUCAAUCAGGUGGUUCAGGAAGCACUAGCCUUUAAACCACCACCACGAACUAGAGGAGGCAAGAGAGGCCGCAUCUAUUAUACUACUCAGGCUGCUGUUUGCCCGCCUACUUUUGUUUUCUUCGUCAACGAUGCCAAGCUUUUCCCGGAGACGUACCGCCGUUAUAUGGAGAAGCAAUUAAGGUCGGAUGCAGGCUUUGCAGGUACCCCUAUCCGUCUAUUAUGGCGCAGCAGAAGACGGCCUGACAAAGAAGGUAAAGCUGCAGACGGAAAUGCACAAAGUGCACGAUCGGCCGGCAAAUUAGCUGUUGCAACUUGAUGUGUAAACUUAUGUUUUCCUGUCGGGAGCAGCCGCAGGGCGCAGUUUGAUCCGCCGUCACUUACUUUAUAACUUGUGCUGCUAGUUUUGUAAAUACCAAUUGAUCCUUCAUGUUACAGAAGGAAUUUUGAGGAACAUAAAAGGUGUAAAAUUAAGCUAGUCAGGUGUUAACUGUGCUACGUGUGUUAAUAUAUAACCAGAAUGUAAGGAUCCAAAUUUGCAGAGUGCAUUUAAGUGAAAAGGAUUGCAUUUGCUG